GCAAGGUCGAAGCAUGGUAGCUGAGAGUCAUUGCAUAUAUGUCGAGAGGGAGCGUACGCAGAAUCUGUUGCCGGCCACCUAUCACUGUUAGCGACUUCUUUUUAGGCCCCUGAACAUUGAGACUCUUCCUUUCACCACCCCUCUAUCAUGGAGUCUACCUCAGGGAAGCAGCUUUCUGAUGUCAGCGGAGCUGCCGAACCGACGAAAUCUGAACAACUUGCUAGGCAAGAGAGCGUUGAGGUUGCCGGUCACCUAGUGGAUUUGCGGACAGACCAAGUCUUGGAAAAUCUAGGGUAUACACCCGAGCUGGUGCGAAGUCGAUCGACCUUUCAUGUUGCCUUCAUGUCUUUUGUUUUGGCCUCGGUGCCAUACGGCCUGGCCACAAGCCUGUUCUAUCCCCUGAUCAACGGCGGCCCUGCGACCAUCAUCUGGGGCUGGCUGACUGUCUCGCUGAUCAUCAUCUGCGUUGCCUGCUCCCUCGGCGAGAUCACCAGUGUCUAUCCUACGGCUGGUGGCGUAUACUAUCAAACAUUUAUGCUCUCACCCGUCCGAUGGCGGAGACUUGCUGCAUGGGUCUGCGGCUGGUCCUAUGUGGCCGGGAACAUCGUCAUCACGUUGGCCGUCAGCUUCGGAACCACUCUCUUUCUAGUCGGGUGUAUCAACGUCUUUGAAAAAGAACCUGGGGUCGGAAUAUUCGAGGCCCAAACAUACCAGAUCUACCUCCUGUUCCUGGCCAUCACGGCUUUGUGUACUGGAACUUCAGCCUUGGGAAAUCGCCAUCUCCCCAAGCUUGACACAUUCGCAAUUUUCUGGACAUUUGCCGGGCUUAUUGCAAUCUCAGUCUGCACUUUGGCCAUCGCCAAGAAUGGGAGACAUUCUGCCACAUAUGUGUUUCAAGAUUUCGAGCCACUUUCUGGCUGGCCCUCAGGCUGGGCCUUUUGUGUGGGACUUCUUCAUGCUGGUUAUGCAACCUCAUCCACCGGGAUGAUCAUCUCAAUGUGUGAAGAGACCCGUUACCCAAGUACCCAGGUACCCAAGGCCAUGGUAGCGACUGUGAUACUUAAUACGCUAGCGGGUUUACUCUUCCUCAUUCCUCUAGUUUUUGUGUUACCGGAUGUCGAGUUCCUUGUCAACCUCGCCUCAGGUCAACCUCUCCCAUCAAUACUCAAGUCGGCAGUCGGCAGCUCAGGAGGCGCUUUCGGACUGCUUCUUCCCCUUAUCAUUCUUGCUCUGAUAUGUGGAGUCGGCUGUACGACGGCGACUUCCCGUUGCAUUUACGCAUUUGCGCGCGAUGGCGGUAUCCCUGCAGCUGGUUUGUGGAAGCACGUCAACCAACGGCUCGGAGUUCCACUCAACGGCCUUCUUCUCAGUGCCGCCGUCCAGAUCCUACUUGGGCUGAUUUACUUUGGCUCGACCGCAGCCUUCAACGCCUUUUCCGGUGCUGGGGUCAUUUUCUUGACAGUCAGCUAUACCGUACCGAUCGCCAUGUCGUUGAUCGGCAGACGCACCCAUGUGAAAACAGGGCCGUUCUAUCUGGGCGCAUUUGGGAUCUUUUGCAAUAUUGUUGCAAUAGGUUGGUCCUGCCUGGCAAUCCCUCUCUUUUGCAUGCCGUCUUACCUGCCAGUCACAACUGAGACUGUCAACUACGCAAGCGUUGUCUUUUGUGGGUUUGUCGCUAUGGCUACAGCAUGGUAUUGGGCAUGGGGUAAGAAGCAUUACCGAGGUCCCCCAGUACAUCCCACGGACCUUUGUCGACAGUCUACUUAAUACUGCCACGAAUCUCGCGUGAACAGUUCGACCUUUACCUCCGCGGCAGAGUCCACAUGGUUCGGUGAUAUUGGGUAGCAAACGAGCUGCAGGCUGCCCACUUGUGUCGUAGUCUCAGUGCAAUCAGAUCAGCAUUCAACUUGAGUUAUGCGGGUUUUAUCCAACACAGAGUAUGACAGAGUGAUAGUAGGCACGCUGUACAGAUUUCAUAACUAACCCUCGGUAUUUCACCUAAUACACG